UCCAUCUGCAUGCUGUACUCUCUCCACGAUAGGUAUAAAAUCCCAUCAAUUUCUACAGCCAUACCCCCUUACUCCCCAUUUACCUUUUCAUUCCGGCAAGCAAUUCGAGCACUUAAGCAUCUCGCAUCGUCCUUCGCCUGGCUAACUGUAGCUUACACAACCUCCCGUCAAUUACACGCUUCUAGAAUGGCAAGCAAGCCAAUUGCGACGCUGGAUGCGUCACUGAUUCCCCGUCUGCCGCCUUCUGCCCCGACACUCUUCGAAGCAAAGAAAGCGAAGAAUCUCAGUUUCGAAGCCAUUGCGAAGGAAGUCGGCCGAGACGAAGUAGCGGUUGCUGCUCUGUUCUACGGGCAAUCGCAGGCCUCCCCAGAGGAUAUUCUGAAACUCUCGCAGAUUUUUGACAUUCCCUACGAGCAGCUCGAAUCCCAACUCUCGGGAUAUCCAGAUCGGGGAAGGACAAUGGACAUGCCGCCCAAGGAGCCACUGAUUUACCGUCUGUAUGAAAUCGUCCAGAAUUACGGGUACGCGUACAAGGCCGUGCUGAAUGAGAAGUUUGGCGAUGGCAUCAUGAGCGCCAUCAGUUUUUCAACCAAGGUGGAGAAGGAGACGGAUGAAAAGGGCGACUGGGCAGUCAUCACCCUCAGAGGGAAAUGGUUACCUUAUUCCCGAUUCUGAGUAGCGUUGAGUAGUAAUCCAUAGCGUAGCCUCUCGUAGUGAGAACGCUUAACUGCAUAGUAGCACUUGUUCACCAGUAUAUUACUGUGUCGCAGUCAAUUAGAGAAUGAAUAUCGGU